AUGUCCGAAGAAUAUAAACCAGAUGACAGUGAAAUUAACAUUCAGAUUGGACAAAAGAGACAAAAUAAUGAAAAUGGUGGACCUGCUUCGAAGAAAGCAAAUGUUUCAGAAUCUGGUAAGGGCGGUGAGACAAUGCGAAACUUAAAGAAUGACACUGGCUGUCGAGUUCAAAUGUCUAAGAAUCAGGAAUUUUAUCAUGGGACCACAGAGCGAAUAUGUUUUGUUAAAGGAAAGAUUUCUUCAGCAAUGAUUGUUAUGGGUGCCAUUCUGGAGAAAAUUCAAGAAAAGGUUGAAGGGCAUCAUCCCUCUGAUCCUUUUGAUCUUAAAGGCUUGCAAAGAACUAAUGAGAUGAAAUUUAUUGUUCCCAAUACUUCUGCUGGAAUGGUGAUUGGUAAAAAUGGGACAAGCAUUAAAGAAAUUAGAGAAACUACAACAGCAAAUAUUCAAAUUUACCCAAAAGCUGGGACUGAAGAAGCUAAAAUGUCUUUAGAACGUGUAAUAACAAUUGGACAUGAAACUAAUGACGUUUUGAUGAGUGCAAUGCAAAAAGUUUUAGAAAGAGUUUGUGCUGAUCCUUUACAUUCGCAACCAAUUACGUCUGAAUCUCAAAAUGUAAGUUCUGGAUAUGAUUUUGCUACUAGUCGUGUUACUACAGGAGCAUCUCAAUUUGCUGGAAUGCAAUCAACUCCAGCUUGGCAAAAUCAGACUUCGAUUGAUCAAAAACUUGGCAACCAAUUCAAUUCAAAUUCUAUUAAAUUCAAUCCUUUACAAGGGACUGGAAAUAAUGAGUUAUUGGCAUUUUUGGACAAUUUACAAUCAACUUUGCGUUCUUCUGGUUUUAAUGAUCAAAGCGUUAGUGAAGUAAUGCAGGCUAUGCAAGUGCUUGCCAAAUAUAAUAUUAUGGUUUGUUUUUGA